AUGAGCGGGGCGAUGAUCAAUCAAUUGGUCAGUGCUCUUUACCUAUCCACUCGGAUUUCUACGCAAUGGCACGAGCAUAUGAUCACCGCGAACAGAUUGCUUUCUGUUUCCUUCAAUGGCACUUACUCUCAUUUCUUGUCGAAAUGGAUUUGGUUACAAUUGGUUGUGAUCAUUUUUGUUCCUUUAAUGCCAUAUGCACCAACUAUUGGAUCAGUCACUCUCGUUUUUGCUAAUAUAUGGAUCCCAGCUGGGUUUAUAUACAACGUGAAUUCUCAUUUAUUUCAACGGAAGAGCAGUGGUUUUAUUUUGGAUCCGCUCAUCAAUUACCUCAGUGAUAUCACUCCUCUUCUUUGUCUUAUGAUGCUAGUCCUUGACAUCAUAACUCUGCACAACUCGCAUGGAAGAACGAAAACUUCCUCGUUAGACAUACAGCAACAACGAAUGGAUACCCGGGUAUCCAUACAGAUGUUGACGCUUCACUUGACUAACAUUCUCUACUGGAUCGUUAAUCUCAUAGUCAACUUUCAACUGGCUUCUGCCAAUUUUCAAUAUCUCUUAACGAUCUUCUCUGGAACGCAAUAUCUCAUUCAAGGAAUGUUAAUGACGUAUUUUAAUUGGCCAAUUAAAGGAAAAGGAAAAUUUGCUCGAGUUUUCACUACAAAAACUGCU